ACCAAAAAAAACUCCCUAUUAAAACGAGGCGGGCAUAGGGAAGAGGUUAGGGUUUUUAGCUCUGCCGGAAAAUACCAACUGAGUCUCUCAUGGCUAUUCGGGGAUUGCGAAACUUGACUUCUCCUCCAUCUUCUUCACUCUUCAAGGUACGGUCUCUUACUCAAUGGAGUCCCGAAGCUCAAAACUAUACCCAAUACCAAAACCCAAAUCAGGGGAACCCUAAUCGGUUGAAUUAUCCUACUCACAACUUUGCUCAUCAUCAGCGGCAACCACAACAAAAUCCUAAUCAGUGGAACUCCCAUACUCAAAACUAUCCUCAGUACCCAAAUCCUGGUCAGGUGCACCCUAAUGUACAGGAUUAUCGGCAACCAACUCGGUGGAACUAUCAAAAUCAGGGGCAACCUCAAGCAAGAAACCCUGUUCAGUGGGCUCCUCAGGGUCAAAAUCCAAAUGAAGGACGUGGGGCCUUGGAGACUCGAGCAUCUCCAGCUCCAGCUCCAGCCCCAGCCCCUUCAACAGUGGAUUUGAUGCAUUUGUGUCAGGAGGAAAAGGUUAAGGAUGCUAUUGAGUUGAUGGAUAAAGGGGUUAAAGCUGAUGCUGAUUGUUUUUAUGCUUUGUUCGAGUUGUGCAGCAAAGUUGAGGAUGCCAAAAAGGUACAUGAUUACUUUUUGCAAUCAACAUAUAGAGGUGAUCUCAAGUUUAACAAUAAGGUGAUUGAAAUGUAUGGAAAAUGUGCAAGUAUGACUGAUGCUAGGAGAGUUUUUGAUCAUAUGCCGGAUAGGAAUAUGGAUUCAUGGCAUCUGAUGAUAAACGGUUAUGCAAAUAAUAAUCUGGGAGAUGAAGGGUUGCAAUUGUUUGAGCAGAUGAGGAAAUUGGGGUUGAAGCCUACUGAGGAUACGUUCCUUGCAGUUUUGUCUGCAUGUGCCAGUGCAGAUGCAGUGGAGGAAGGAUUUUUACAUUUUGAGUCGAUGAAGAAUGAGUAUGGAAUUAAUCCAGGGAUGCAACAUUAUUUGGGGGUUAUAGAUAUUCUUGGAAAAUCUGGCUAUGUUAAUGAAAUUGAAGAGUACAUUGAGAAACUGCCGUUUGCGCCCACAGUGGAAAUCUGGGAUGCAUUCAGGAAUUAUGCUCGAAUUCAUGGAGAUAUUGAUCUUGAAGACCGUGCUGAGGAGUUGAUGGUUGCUCUUGACCCAUCAAAGUCUGUUGCUAACAAGAUCCCUACACCACUGCCAAAGAAAUAUUCUGCAAUCAGCAUGCUUGAAGGAAAGAAUAGAAUCCCUGAGUUUCGGAAUCCUACCCUUUACAAAGAUGAUGAGAAAUUGAAGGCAAUGAGUAAGGCUGUGAGUUAUGUGCCAGAUACUAGAUAUGUUCUUCAUGACAUUGAUCAAGAAGCCAAGGAGCAAGCCCUGUUAUAUCACAGUGAGCGUUUGGCAAUUGCAUAUGGUCUCAUCAGUACGCCUGCAAGAACACCCUUGAGGAUCAUUAAGAACCUUCGUGUGUGUGGUGAUUGUCACAAUGCCAUCAAGAUCAUGUCCAGGAUUGUUGGGAGGGAAUUGAUUGUUAGGGAUAACAAAAGAUUUCAUCAUUUCAAGGAUGGCAGUUGCUCUUGUGGAGAUUACUGGUGAAGUUAUCAACUCAAAACUCUUCAUAUGUUGCGAUUAUCUCUUCAAGGAGAAGUUUUGAUUUGUAAAGUGCCAAAUCUUCUGAACCAUGUCUGCUUAUGUGGAUGGUUGAACUAACACAUCUAGUUAUCUGAACUUUUUACUGUUUAACUUGUAUGGCCUAGUUGUUUUUAAUGAUCAGUUAAUUAUUUGUUAUGAGA